AUGGCACCACAAACCUGGUUCAUCACGGGCGUCUCCUCAGGCUUCGGCACCGAAAUGGCCCUUUCAGCCCUCUCAGCCGGCGACCACGUCAUCGGCACCGUCCGCUCCACCCCCUCGCGCAGCAAAGCCGCCUCCUCCGCCUCCGCCGUCUCCGCCAUCGAGUCCAAAGGCGGCAAGAUCCUCCACCUCGACGUAACAGAUUCCCCCGCCUGCUCCAGCGUGUUCAAAGAAGCCGAGUCUAUCUACGGCCAGGUCGAUGUUCUGUUUGCUGUUGAAGGUCUCUCCGAGUCCCUAGCCCGCGAAACAGCCCCCCACAACACCCGCGUCCUCCUCGUGGAGCCAGGCGCCUUCCGCACCAAUUUCCUCUCCGCUUACGUCCUGCCCAAAACGCUCGGGAACAAGUACGCGCCCGUGAACGGCGUGUUGGAGAAGUUCAAGGGCGCGAAGGGGAUGCAGCCUGGUGAUCCGGCUAAAGCGGCUGCGAGGAUUGUGGAGGCUGUUAGGGGGACGGGGAUGGUGGAGGGGUGGGGUAAGAAGGGGUCGGGAGAUGGGAAAGCGAUGGGGGUAGGGGCGGUGGGGGUAGGGCAGGUGCUGAGGUUGCCGCUGGGGAAAGAUAGUGUGGAGAGGUAUGAGGUGAAGAUUGAGGCCUUGAAGGGAGAUUUGGAGAUGGUGAGGGAGGCGGCUGUUAGUACGGAUUAUGAUUGA